AUGUCGAGAACUGUUCCUCGAUUUCCGAUUAUUCGGAAAUUCUUUAAGUACACGUUAUCUGGUGUGGCAUUAACUGUGGUUGGUGGAACUUCAUUUAUUGCUUAUAAAGUAUAUCAAGAAUCACAACCAAUUGAUCAAAUCAAACAAUCACCAUAUUUCCCUAAUGGACAACCGAAAAAGUCUAUUGUCAUUUUAGGAUCUGGUUGGGGGGCUGUUUCCCUUUUGAAAAACAUUGAUACUAGUUUAUAUAAUGUUUCAUUAGUGUCUCCAAGAAAUUAUUUUCUUUUCACACCGUUAUUACCUAGUGUCCCCACUGGUACGGUUGAUAUGAGAUCGAUUAUUGAACCAAUUAGAUCAAUGAUAAGAAGAUGUCGUGGAGAAGUGAAUUAUUAUGAAGCUGAAGCAAUUGAUAUUGAUCCAGUGAAUAAUAAAUUAACCAUUCAACAAUCCACAACGGUACAUUCUGGACAUUCUGGAGAUGAUUCAUCAUCAAACCAUCCAAAAAUCCAUCAAGAACAUAAGAUGGAACAUAUCACCACCCAAUUGAAUUAUGAUUAUUUGGUGGUCGGUGUUGGUGCUCAACCAUCAACUUUUGGUAUUCCUGGAGUAGCUGAACAUUCAACAUUUGUAAAAGAAGUUCGCGAUUCAAUAAAAAUUAAAAAGAAAAUCAUCGAUUUAAUUGAAGCUGCCAAUUUGUUACCCAUUGGCGAUUCUGACCGUAAACGAUUAUUACAUAUUGUUGUUUGUGGUGGUGGUCCAACUGGGGUGGAAGCGGCAGGAGAAAUUCAAGAUUAUAUUGAUCAAGAUUUGAAAAAAUGGAUGCCACAAAUUGCUAAUGAUAUGAAAGUAUCAUUAGUAGAAAGUCAACCAGUGGUUUUACAUACUUUUAGUUCUGAAUUAGUCGAGUACACCAACACUAUAUUCAAAGAUACCAAUAUCAAUUUAGUUACCAAUUCAAGAAUCGUUAAUGUUGAUGAUACUCAUGUUGAUGUUAUGCGUAAAAGUGAUAAAUCAAUUGAUAAGGUACCUUAUGGAAUGCUUAUUUGGGCCACAGGGAAUUCUGUACGUGGAUUCACCAAGAUUAUAAUGGACAAAUUUAGUGAACAACAAACUAGUUCUCGUGGUUUAUUAGUUGAUGAUCAAUUAAAAUUAAAGGGAUCCAAUAAUAUUUUUGCUUUGGGUGAUUGUACAUUUACUAACUAUGCUCCCACUGCCCAAGUAGCAUUCCAACAAGGGAUUUAUUUAGCUCAAUAUUUUGAGAAAUUACAAGAAGUUGAAAAAUUACGAUACAAAAUUAAACAAGAUCCUUCAAUUAGUGAAGUUUAUGUUCAUCGAUUACAACGAUUAGAAAAUUCUUUACCUACAUUUGUUUAUAAUUAUCGAGGCUCUUUGGCUUAUAUUGGGUCAGAAAAAGCUGUUGCUGAUUUAGCUGUGGGAUCAUGGUCUAAUCUUUCCUCUGGUGGUAAUUUGACAUUUUUAUUUUGGAGAUCAGCAUAUAUAAUGAUGUGUUUAUCAAUCAAAAACCAAGUUUUGGUUUGUUUUGAUUGGAUAAAAGUUUAUUUGUUUGGUAGAGAUUGUUCUAGAGAAUAG